AUGGCACCCUCUGCUCCUUUCAACCCACCUUCUGCUGAUCUCCCUGGCAAGCCAUUUGUGCCAACAUGGGUUCCUCCUCCUGUCACUCAGCAAAAGGAGGAUUUUGCCGAGCUUAGCUCUAUUGAUCUCUCACUGAUGGACUCCGAUGAUCCUGCUGUUGUUGAUAAGCUCGUCCAACAGGUCAAGGUUGCCAUUCGUGACGAUGGUUUCCUUUUCCUGGAGAACUACGGAAUCUCCCUAGAGCAGCUCCACCGUCAAUUUUCGCUUGCCCAGUACCUGUACCACAACAUUAGCGAGGAGGACAAGGAGCGCCUUCUCUUCAACCCAGAGACUGGUGAAUGGUCUGGCUACAAGCACCCCUUCGGCUUCAAGCGCAACCGCGGACCCGAAGAUGGCAUCGAACAAUUCAACUGGUACAAGCCCGAUUGGUCUGACAUCAACCGUGUGCCUUCAUGCCUACACCCCUUCAUGGACGAGAUCGAAGAGUUCUGCAACUACCUAACCAAAUCCGUCAACCGCCGUCUCCUCGCUCUCUUCUCCCGCGUCCUCGAGUUGCCCGACGAUUACCUCUGGGAUAAUGUGCAGUCACACGGUAGCCCAACUGGCGAGGGCUACUUCCGCCACGCACUCUUCCGACCUGUGCAGAAGAAGACUCAAGAGGCUUCCAAGGGCCUGCGCAUGCACGGACACACCGACUUCGGUCUGACUACACUUCUGUUCUCUGUGCCUAUCUCGUGUCUCCAGAUUUGGGGCCGCGAUGAGAAGUGGUACUACGUGCCUUACAAGCCUGGUGCCUUGGUCAUUAACAUUGGUGAUACUUUGGAGAUUGUUUCUGGUGGCCACUUCAAGGCUACUCGUCACCGUGUCUACAAGCCCCCUGUUGAUCAGUUGGAUCAGGAACGUCUGUCUUUGGUGCUCUUCAACAGUUCUCUUGGUGAUUUGCGCAUGGGUCCUGCUACAUCUUCACCACUCAUCCAGAGAGAAGGUUGUAUCGAGGAACAGGGUGUUUACAAAGAGUUCAAGAACCUCACAUCCCAGGGGAAACUUGUUCCCACUAACCGCCAAUGGCGCGAGAUCCAAAUCGCCACUGCCACCGAUCCUACGGAUCAAGUCCGCAACAGUGUCGGUGCCGACCAGGUUCUCAUUGAUGGCAAGAUCAUGCACCAGCGGGAGUACAUGGGUGUGAAGGUUGUCUUGCCUGUUUGA